UUUCAACGUCAUUUUCCACUAGUUUUGACAAGUGACCUUCGUGAUUUAAUUACUUUUACCGUUUACCAGUGAAAUGUGACCGACUGUAGUGAGUUCUUGUGAGUACGAGUUGUUUCAACCUGAUGUUAGUAAAGGAUGUACCAAAGCUUCAGUUUUCAUGAAUGUGGUUGUGAUGAAUGGAAACCUACACUAUGGGUGUGUUACGGUGGAAAAUAUUCAUCUUGAUAGACUUUAGAUGAAUAGGUGUAACUGUAUCGUGAUCAUAAGGUGAAAAGCGAUUCAUAUGCUUAGCUGUGCGUGAUACAAGUGGUGUUAAAUUAAUAAACAAGCCACAGAUCCAGCUGAUAGUGCUAACAACGGUGAUUUAUUUUAUAGUUAACGAAACACGCUCCUCUGGCAAAAAUCUCGUGUUUGGUGGCGCUGUUUUUUAACGGGAGAGCAAACAAAAGAGUCCAUUUAAUGGAACGACGAUAAACAUCUGCCCGUUUGUUACCGAUACAAAGACCGGACCAAUAACCGUGAUAAAAUUGUCGACGAUCCUGCGGGUAUUGCCAAUAAAAUUAUGACUCCCGCUUAUCUACCUGCGCUGGCGCUUGUAUUUCCUCCGCUCAUCGUUACGGUGGAUAUCUAAAAACGAUUCCCUGCGGUGGAACAUUGUGAUUUAUUGAAGCCUCUACAGUGUAUAUUGUGUUUUGGAUACUCUGACUCUGGACAUGGCCAUUACAUAUCUACAUGCAUCCCUGAGGUUCAUCUCUCUCGCUGCUGCUCUGACGGGGACGUCCUUCGUAAAAGGAUCUCCUCCACCAACAGGAGAGUCGUCCAUUGUGUCAAUAGGAGAGAGUCCCACGAUCGCCAGACCGCCACCUCGGCCCAUAUCCAUGUCUGGGGGAGGCAGCAGGUACGCCGAGCCGCCAAGGGUCGUGGAACGACCCUACUUCGAUGACGUGGGUCCUAGGAACGUCACAGCUGUGGUUGGUCAAGCCAUCACUCUCAACUGUCGAGUAAAACAUCUUGGAGACAGAACUGUGUCCUGGAUGAGAAAGCGAGACCUCCACAUCCUGACCAGUAACAUCUUCACGUACACUGGUGACGGGAGGUUCGGAGUGGUUCACCCUGAAGCCAGUGACGAGUGGAACCUCAGGGUCGAGUACGUCCAGAAGAGGGACGCAGGGAUAUACGAGUGUCAAGUGAACACGGAGCCCAAGAUUAGCUUGCCUAUCAUGCUCAAUGUGGAAGAGUCUAUUCCCGGACCUCAGGCACCAAAACAGGGCCCCGCAAUCUCCAAACAAGCGGCUGGUGUUGCAGCGGCCCAAGCGAACAUUUGGGGUCCCGAGGAAGUCUACGUCAAGAAGGGCUCCACCAUCAGUCUCACUUGCUCCGUCAACAUCCACUCGACACCGCCCGGCUCGGUCCUCUGGUACCAGGGCGUUUCCGUGGUGGACUUUGACUCUCCCCGAGGGGGCAUCUCCCUGGAGACGGAGAAGACGGAGGCUGGGACGACCAGUAAACUGUUGGUCACCAAGGCAGCUCUAACAGACUCUGGAAACUACACGUGUGUGCCGUCCAACGCCAACCCAGCCAGUGUAUACGUGCACGUGCUCAAUGGAGAGCACCCAGCAGCUAUGCAGCAUGGCGGUACAAGUCACGUGAUCAGCUCGACAUUACCAGUCCUAGUGACAUUCUUUGUAACCCUUCUGAGGUGAUCCGAUGGAUUCUUAGUGUAAAGCGAGUAUUCAAGUACAAGCAGGACUGUGGGAACAGACGAUAGAACACUUAAAUAUUGUGAGGCCUAACACUUAUCAGGAAUCCGAAGAAUACCAUGUGGUUGUGCAUUUUGUCAAGUAUAUAAGUUGUUUUUAUACAUUUUAAGACGUUGUGUACAAAACCGGGUUUAUCACAAUUUCAAAGUAAAAAGUUUGGUUAACUCUUAUUCAAGGAGUUGAGUAAGACACAAAUUAAAUGAAUUUAAUACUAUUUUCACAAUUUUUAGGUUCAGUUAUACUUUUAUGAUACAAUCGAGUUUUGUUUUAUAUCUAAUACAUCCAAUCAAUAUUCAAAAUCGUUUAUUUAUUAUUACUACCUGUAAUAUUACAACACAUUUAGAUUGAUUCAGGGUAAUCAUGGUCUUAUGUUCAUUUGCGAAUUUGAAAGAGUUCGUUACUGUUAUAGCUUAGACUGUCAAGACUAAAGGCAACCGUUAAAAAGAUUUUUGACUGAUGAUGUAAAAACUGAUGAACAUGUAUAGAGUAAAUUACAAAUAACGUAAUUGUAGGUAUUUUACAACUAGAUUAUCAUGAAGGCUUUCAAAGUCGAGUGUAAAUAUUGUACAUACAUUCCUUGCAAUACAUGUGAUAAUAUGUUUAUUAUUGUUUUUAAAGUAAAGUUUAGUUAUUACUAAUUGUAACGUUAUGUAAUAACUACUUCAUGUACAAAUUUAUCUUAACAUUUAUUCCAAGAUUAUAAAUAGUUAUAGAGAUUCUCAGAGAUAAAGUAUAACUGGUUUGGA